UAAAUUUUGAAGCCGCUAAAUUUUGAAGCCACUAAAGUCAUUAUUUCAUGUUAUCUUUUAAGUUCGCUGUGCGUAUGUUUUGGUUUUCUUACCUAUAAAGCUGCACUUUUCUAAAGGUGUAAAUUAAAAGUAUUCGUAAUUAAGAUAUUUUUUUAUCUUUUAACCAUUAUCUGGGCUCAUUGCGGAGCAGUUAAAAUUUAAAAUGCGUCUUCUCCGACGCGUUGCUUUUUUCGCAUUCGCAGCACUAUGUUGCACAGUCCGCCCAACUUCUGCAAAAAAUUAUACAGUAUCUGUAUCACCAUUGCGAUGGGGAUUUGCUGGAUGUGGCCACAUAACCAACAAUUUCGCUGCUGCCGUGGAGAGUCUGCCGAGAUCUGAACACCUUCUGCAGGCUUUUGCUUCGAGAAAUGCGAGCCGGGCGGAAGAAUACAAAGCACGUUUUGGUGCGGUCAAGGCUUAUGGAUCUUAUGAAGAAUUGGCUCAAGAUCCAGAAGUCGAUGUCGUUUACAUCGGCACAAUAAAUCCCAGUCAUUUUGAAGUGGCUAACCUGAUGAUGGACCACGGCAAACAUGUCUUAUGCGAAAAACCCCUCACCCUUAAAGCCGAGGAGGCAGCGAAGCUUAUUCAAAGAAGCGAGCAGCUAAAGCUUUUCUUUCAAGAAGCCGUAUGGAGUCGGUUCUUCCCGGCAUAUCACCGUCUUCGUCAAGAACUUCCUAGUCUCGGCGAAAUUAAAACGGUAAUGGUCAACAAAGGUCAAACCAGUGGUAGUUAUUCGCACCGAUUUUACCGGAAGGAACUGGGUGGAGGGGCGCUAAAAGACAUUGGUGGCUAUGCCAUUCAGUUUGCCAUCCUAGUGUUUGGGAACGAAAUGCCUGAAAAGAUUUCGGCCGUUGCGCUGCUAAACAACGAAACAAUUGAUACGACUACAUCGUUGUUGAUCCAGUGGAAAAUGGUGGAAUUGCGCAACUGGCAGUCAGUACGCUAGCGGAAAUGCCGAAUGAGGCAUUUGUUUUCGGUGCAAAUGGAACAAUCAAGAUUCCAAAUAGCUUUAUGCAACCGGAACAUUUCGAAUUAGAGAGGAAAUCCAAAACAUCCACCAACACCACGAAAGAAAAGUACCCGGUUCCGAAAGUCAAUCACCGGCUGACGUAUAGUGGCGGCGCUGCCGGCGGUACUGGCAUGGUAUACGAAGCGCAGGAAGUACGGCGCUGCAUGCAGGAAGGAUGGCUGGAAAGUCCGCAUAUGACGCACAAAGAUACACUUGCCAUUAUGAAUAUACAGGAAGCAGUGCUGAAACAGAUUGGCGUUAAUUAUGAUGACCUUUACAAGGAUGGCAGAUAUGUUGGAUCACUGCUCAAUUCUGUUUAUGAUGGGGUUUAACUUAAAAACGUCCCAAACCGUUAAUUUGUUGUAUUAGCUGGUCGGUACAGGUAGCUUUCUUGGCGAGCUUUCUGUGCAGUUUUUUUACUGAUAUUCAUUAAUGCGUUCAUAAUCUCAACUGGUUUGCCAAAUAAGCGGGGACUACGGCAAAGACAAUGGAAGGCUUACAAUAAAAGCUUUUUGCGUAAUUUUCUCUGUAAACUUUCCAAAUUUAAUUAAAUGUUGCGA